AUGUGUGUCGUACAGACACCCUACUACCAUGAGUGUGGCCACUAUGGUCCCCCAACUGUGGCACGCAAUGGUCGAUGUGCACGCGCAGAGCACCUACCUGGACCUUGCUACGAAACAGACGACAACGGUAUCAGGACCAUCGAGGCAAUGUGCCCCACCUGUGAACGCAUAACCAACGACACUUCAAGCCAUGCUCGCCCCAGCACUACCGACACAGGCCCUGUCAAUGUCAGCAAGUUCAAUGAUCUCGUAAAGCUCCACAAGGAUACAUUCGCUCACCACGAGAGCGAUACAAGCAAUCCUUCACCAAUUAAGCCUGGCGCACCUCUACCGACAGCAGAUGAGCUGGCUUUUCCUGGUCUUAGUACAACAAGCGCAGCAUCUGUUGUGUCAACUCCAGUCAGUAAGCUGUCCAUGGAUGAAGGACCACCCGUUCCCAUCGCCAAUACUCCUUCUCCACCUCCGACCUCUCGUAUACCAGCCUGGAAGAGUGUUGAAGACUGGGCCAAGCACGCUUAUGGUGGAGAGUCCAAAAAGCUAUGA